AUGGCGUCCUCAGCAUCUCGAAUCGUUCAUCAAGAAUAUAUUGCCCGGAUACGAUAUUCCAAUGCCUUACCACCACCACCAAAUCCUCCCAAGCUCCUCGAUAUUCCAAAUACUGGCCUCGCAAGUGGUCAAUAUACUACACCUGGAUUUGCUACAAGAUUAGCGCGAGAUCAACCAUUAAAUAUCGAAGCCGAUGCGGAACUUGGUAUGCCAUUAGACCUGGUUGGAAUGCCAGGCAUAUUUGAUGGAGAUGAGAGCUCUAUACAAGCGCCAUUACACCCCCCACAACUUCAUCCGCAUGAUCGCGCUCUCUUAAGAGCAUUGGCGACAUUAGGCAAGCCCAAAUUCUCCGACACGGGAGUAUCAUUUCUGCGGCGCACAGAAUACAUUUCCUCUGGCUAUACCUCGAAAUCGCGGAUGGAAGGCACCACCUCGGCGAAAGGAUCCGUCGACACACGCAAAUCGAAAGCUGUUCAAGCCUCGUCCGCCGAUCGCGAAUCACCCUCAUACAUCAAAUCACAAGUUGAAAAGAGCUUCGAAAUCGCCGCUGGCUAUCUCAAAGAUCGCACUCGAGUUCGCCAUCCUACAAAACGAAAUGUUAAAUUGGUUGACGCAGUUCCUCUCUUACCAGAUCUUGAUUCCUUUCCAGAUGCUGGCGGAUAUGUCCUAAUCAAAUUUCUCACAAACCCGCUUCCUCCAAGCAAUAUCUACGAUCCUCGCGUCGAAAGCAGUGUUUUAAAACCUCUUGUGCAAAGCGAUGCAGAGGCUGAAUUCAGAGAGGACGCUAAGAAGGCUUGGGAAUUGGAUCCCGAUAAUAAUCCAGCUCCGGUCGAACACAUUGAAUAUGAAAUGUUCAUGCCGGAGACACUUUCUGAUGCCAAGAAUAUCAAACGCAAGUUCGACGUCCUGGAUCCUGAACACGAUAAUAGGGAUCUUUAUUCACGCUUCGAUGAGGAAACAGGCAAAGGGUCGUUCAGAUUGAAAAGAUUGCGUGCGUACGAAAGUGCUUCUACGAGUGGAAACACAUCCCGGAAAUAUCAAGAUGAUGUGAUAAUAGCCAUGCACGAUGGAACCGAUGGGCUACGCCAGAAAGCGGCUCAUUACUAUCCUGUGGUCCAACGAAAUUCCAUCCGACCCCAAAGAACCAAAAAUAUACAGAAAAUGAGAGGCAUGAUUGGCGGUGAAGAAGAGCAAAUCACGGAUUUGGUGGAUCUUAGUAUUACUGAUGUGGGUGCAGAGACGAAGCAGCUGAUAGAUAUCUACAGAACGAUGCCGUUUGGAGGAGAUGAUCAUGAUGAUGGGGUAGAUGAGGAGGUGGAGACAGCGGCGGUGCAACAGGAAGAUGCGCUGUCGGAGGCGGAUGCAGAGGGGGAGGAUGACGAGCCGCUUUCACCUAUAAGACCUAGUCUGGGUGGAAAGACGAUUGCGUCAAGGGUACAGAGUGACGAUGACGAUGAUGAAAGUCUACAUUCUGAGGAUUAG